UCAAAAAAACUCUUCCCGAUCCCAUUCAUUUUCCCAAUCAUCAAACCAAGGUUUAGAGUUCGAAUCCUCCAUAGAAAACAUGGCAAAUUCAGCGUCCGGGAUGAAGGUGAGUGAUGAAUGCAAACUUAAGUUCUUGGAGUUGAAAGCAAAGAGGACUUACAGGUUCAUCGUGUUCAAAAUCGAUGAGAAGGCACAGCAAGUGCAGAUAGAAAAGCUUGGGAAUCCAGAAGAAACUUACGACGAUUUUACAAGUUGUAUCCCGGAUGAUGAAUGUAGAUACGCUGUGUAUGACUUUGACUUCACCACCGAGGAUAACUGUCAGAAGAGCAAGAUCUUUUUCAUCGCGUGGUCACCUGAUACAUCAAGGGUGAGGAGUAAGAUGUUGUACGCAAGCUCAAAAGACAGGUUCAAGAGAGAAAUGGAAGGAAUUCAAGUGGAACUGCAAGCAACUGAUCCUAGCGAGAUGAGCCUUGACGUCAUCCAAGGACGAGUCAAUAAUCUCUGAAGCAACAACAUUUCUAUAUGCAAUCUUUUUCUAUCUAUGAUGACAAUGCCGCUUGGAAUAUUUUUAUUUCUGAUUUUGCUUGUUUCGCUCGUUUUUUUUUUGCAUUUUGUGUGGAUUCAGUGGUCUUUGAUUAAAUUCGUAUGAUAAGGCUUGUUCUGUUCUA